AGAGAAAGACGAGAGAGAGAGAGAGAGAGAUGAAAAGGCGAGGCCUGCAGUUGUUGGAGCAAAUAUUUGAUCAUCUGAAUUCUCCUUCAACUCCUCCAUCACUCACUCGCCAACUCCACGCUUAUCUUCUCAAAUCCAACAGUGCCCAACUCUCGACCACUACCAAACUCCUCUCUCUUUACGCCAACAACCUUUGUUUCUUCGAAGCCAACCUCGUCCUCGACUCCAUUCCCAACCCAGACCUCUUCUGCUUCUCCACUCUCAUCCACGCCUCUUCCAAACUCGGCCGCUUCUCCUUCUCUCUUCGCCUUUUCUCUCGCAUGUUGUCUCGACAAAUCUUUCCCGACGCUUUUCUCUUUCCCAGCCUUGUCAAGGCCUCUUCUGGAUUACCCUCCUUGGAAGUUGGAAAACAGCUUCAUUCCUUCGCAUUCCUAUUUGGGUUUUGCUCAGAUUCCUUUGUUCAGUCGUCGUUACUUCAUAUGUACUUGAAAUGUGAUCACAUUUGGGAUGCGCGCAAACUGUUUGAUGGAAUGCCUCAACGAGAUUUGGUCGCUUGGAGUGCUUUGAUAUCUGGGUAUUCUUCCCGUGGGCUAGUGGAGGAGGCGAAGGGGCUUUUUUAUGACAUGGGGAUGGGCGGUUUGGAGCCCAAUGUGGUGACGUGGAAUGGGAUGAUCUCGGGUUUUAGUCGUAGCGGCUCGUGUUCGGAGGCGGUUGAUAUGUUUCGGAGGAUGCAUUCAGAAGGCGUUCCUCCUGAUGGGUCUAGUGUUUCUAGUGUUCUUCCUGCGAUAGGGGACUUGGAGGACUUGAACGUGGGGAUCCAGGUUCAUGGUUAUGUUGUCAAGAGGGGAUUCGGGUCAGACAAAUGCGUGACCAGCGCGCUUAUUGACAUGUACGGGAAGUCUUCUUGUGCGCUGGAGAUGUCGCGAGUUUUCGUUGGAAUGGAGGAAAUUGAUGUCGGCUCCUUCAAUGCUUUUGUUACAGGGCUCUCACGGAACGGUUUUGUUGAGGAUGCAUUGGAGGUAUUCAGGAAAUUCAAACGCCAACAACAAGCAAUGCAACUGAAUAUCGUGUCGUGGACAUCCGUGAUAGCUUGUUGCUCUCAGAACGGGAAGGAUAUGGACGCGUUGGAACUCUUUAGGGAGAUGCAGCUCGAGGGCUUUAAGCCUAAUUCAGUCACAAUCCCGUGCAUGCUUCCUGCGUGUGGCAACAUUGCGGCACUAACGUAUGGGAAGGCGGCUCAUUGUUUCUCUCUUCGAAUGGGAAUCUUUGACAACCUAUAUGUCGGUAGUGCGUUGAUCGACAUGUAUGGGAAUUGCGGGAAAUUGCACUUGUCUCGGCUUUGUUUCGAUCAAUUGCCCGUGAGAAAUUUAGUUUGCUGGAACGCCAUUAUGAGCGGAUAUGCAAUGCACGGAAAGGCAAGAGAAACCAUUGAGAUAUUCCAAAUGAUGCAGAAGAGUGGACAGAAACCCGAUUUUAUCAGUUUCACUUGUGUUCUAUCCGCUUGCAGCCAGAAUGGCCUAACAGAUGAAGGGUGGCAUUACUUUAGCAGCAUGUCAAAAGAGCAUGGUAUAGAAGCGAGACUAGAACAUUAUGCCUGCAUGGUGACGCUUCUUGGCCGCUCAGGAAAGCUUGAAGAGGCUUAUUCACUGAUCAAUAAGAUGCCCAUGGAACCAGAUGCUUGUGUUUGGGGGUCUUUACUAAGCUCUUGUAGAGUGCACAAUAAUGUUAGUUUAGGUGAGGUUGCCGCUGAAAAACUUUUUGAGUUAGAGCCGAGAAACCCGGGAAACUACGUUAUUCUUUCGAAUAUUUAUGGUUCGAAGGGUAUGUGGAGCCAAGUAGAUAGAGUGAGAGAUAUGAUGAAUCAGAAAGGUCUUAGAAAGAAUCCUGGCUGCAGUUGGAUUGAGGUGAAAAACGAAGUGCACAUGCUUCUUGCAGGGGACAAAUCACACCCGCAAAGAAUCCAAAUUAUUGGAAAGCUAAAUAAAUUGAGUAUGGAGAUGAAGAAUUCGGGUUAUUUUCCCAACUUUACCUUUGUGCUGCAAGAUGUUGAGGAACAGGACAAGGUGCAUAUUUUGUGCGGGCACAGUGAGAAGUUGGCAGUGGCAUUCGGGCUGCUGAACACCCCUCCGGGAUCUUCCUUGAGAGUAAUUAAGAACCUGAGAAUCUGUGGUGAUUGUCAUGUUGUUAUAAAAUUCAUAUCCAGCUUUGAACAGAGAGAAAUUUUUGUCCGAGACACCAAUCGCUUCCAUCAUUUCAAAGAUGGACAUUGUUCUUGUGGGGAUUAUUGGUGACUAAUGACCCUGAUUCCAGUCAGAGAUUGCUGUCUCACAAAAUGGAGUAUUUCAUGUCAUGAAGCCGUACGUGCUGCACAAUGUCGAGAUGAGACAACUCAAGAGAAAGUACAUGAGUGGCAUUAUGAAGGCUACCGUAUCCAUUUGGGGCAUCAUUAAUAGGAUGCUCUCAGGAAGGAAGUUCAAUCUACUACGAAGUUUGGACUUAUUUCUUGCGAGUCACUACUCACUCUGGCACGGCUCAUAAGUCUGCAAGGUAACAGACAUGCCUUGGAAGGGCGUCGUUUGAAAAAGAUGAGGAAGAUAUUUCAAAGGCAUGCCUUAGAAGGGUGUAGUGACAAAAACUUGGUUGAAAAAGGAUAAAAGUUUCACUCUACAAAAGUCCACUCAUGAAUCCAGUUGGUUCCUUCUCUGUGACAUUUUCUUUUACGACGUUCGUUGUCUUCGGGAAGAUCGAGGAAAAUGUUUUAAGCAGCUGAUAUAUAUAUUUUCA